CGUCCCCCAUUCUAUUUCUAGGGUUCCAUAGACGCAACAUUCUUAAACGCGCUGGAAAUUCCAGUGUUUUCCACACACUGGCUCAUUAGCAAAGUUACAUUUUCUGCUGCUACAUCUGAGUUUAAAGAUUGCAAUAAUUACUGUAUGAAUUGGCUAACAAGACUCGGUCAUGUCUAGAAGAAGUGCAAGGCUUCUUAAUGGAGGGUACUAUGACCAGUCCUCUGAUGACGAAUCCUCUGGCUCCAUUGUCUCCUACAAGGAAAGCCCUGUGCCUAGGGUAUUCAACAAGAGGAAAAUGAGAACUGGGGGCCAUAAGGGAAUCCAAAAUCCAAAUCGGCCAAUCAACGGUGAUGAAUUAAUUGGCAUGGUGCCAACUGUGAGGGCUGUCCAGAGAAGGCAGACCUUCCUGUCUCCUACUGUGGUCCCUGUUCCUGUGACCCCUGCUGCCUCUGUGGCCCUGCAGCCCAGCAUGAGCUCCUCCAGCAUUGGCUUCACCAGAAUUGACAGCUCUGGCUACUGCUCUGAUUCUGAGGAGCCACUGAAGGCCAAGCCAUGCUCCAGCAGGAUAGGCACUAGGGCCAGCGCUAGCUGCAGCUGGUCAUGUUUCCCGACUGGUUUGCCAUCCUGGUUUGUCAUCUUCCUCCUGCCUGUUCUCCUGACCUUCCUAUUUGUCUUUCCGAUUGUGUUCCCCACCAUGAACCUCAACCUUCCAAUGAACCGCCCGACUCAACCUGACUCUCCUCUCGACCUGACUCCAAAGGCUACGUAUGGAAGUCCUAUCAUGGAUUCAGCUCUCAAAAACAAAAUGGACACCAUCCAGAGAGAGCUUGAGAUCCUUAAACAGAAAGCACACCAGCACCAAGGCAUUUCCCAGCAGAUGGUACAAAGACUGAAUAUAGACAUGAGGGGAGUAAGGAGCGAGAUUAACAACGUCAGAGAGAAAGUGAACAGUGUCUCUAUUUCUGUCUCUGCUGCCGGAGAGCGUCUGGCCCAGGACGCUGCAGAGUUCAGCAGCAAGAUGUCUGAUUUCCAAGAGGAACAAUCCAUUACCACACAGCUGGUCAGAGCCCUGGAGGACACCAGUGAUACGCUGCAGCAACAGGUGACCUCCAUUCAAAACCAUCCUCCCCCUGCUCCCACACCAGAAAACCUACACAUGACGCCUGCUUUUAAAGAGGCCAUGGAGAAAUGGCUGAGUGACCGACUGGCCCAGAAUGAGAGAUGGGACAUGAAACAGUUGAUAAAGGAUUGCAGUCGUCCAUUGGCGGACCGACUGCCUGACUUUGCCUUGGAGUCUCAAGGUGGCAGUAUUGUAACCAGCAGAUGCUCUGAGACGUAUCAGACCCGUUCGGCCUGCGUGAGCUUCCUGGGGAUUCCCCUGUGGUAUCCUGCAGAGACCCCUCGGACCGUCAUCCAGGGCCAGCAGGUGCUGCCUGGCAAGUGUUGGCCGUUUCCUGGGGCCCAGGGCACUAUGACCAUUGCCCUGUCUCACCCCAUCCACGUGACCCACGUCUCUCUGGAACACCUCUCCACUGCAGUCUCCCCUAAUGGGCGCAUCGACAGCGCCCCCAAGGACUUUGCAGUCUACGGAAUGUCUACUGUCGGCGAAGAGGGAUCACUGCUCGGAAUGUUUACAUAUGACCAGGCUGGAGAUCCCCUACAGACGUUUGAAUUGCCUAACCCUACUGCAGUGUAUCGGUAUGUGGAGCUCCAUGUCCUCAGCAACUGGGGUCACCAGGACUACACCUGUGUGUACCGCUUCCGGGUUCACGGCAAGAUGUCUUUCUUUUGAGGGCGAUCGGCUAUCCAUCUCAACCCCUGUGUGUGUGUGUCCACCCCAACCCCAGAAUUUUCAUUUUCAUACUGGAGCAUAUAUUUUGCCUCUAAAUAAAAUCUCUAUUGGGCAGUGUUUGUAUGGGUUUGGUCACAAGUUGGAACUGAGUGUCAUGAUGGUGGCCAUAUUGUAUUCCCAAUAGAUUUGAAUUACACCAGAAUAGUUGUAAAUGUCAUAAGUGUAGUACACAAUUCUAAAAGAUGUAUCUUAUUUGCAAAACUCAUAUUUACAGAUGAUUAAACCUCCAUCAAAUGCUAUUAUUUCAGCCAUAUUGGAUUUGGAGAGAACUCCAGGGUGUCCCCCAAGGGUCGAUAACCCUCCAUGCCCUGAAAUAUACUAAGGAGUCCUUUGACUGAGAUAAAAACAUCACUUUUCUGUUUCUGCGGCUGGACCCUUUGUUUUCCUUAGCCAAUUACAGUAGGGUUUCUAAAACAUGGGGGGCCUGGUUCCACGUUGUGUUUUCUGCCCUAGCACUACACAGCUGAUUUCAAAUAGUCAACGCUUGUUGAUGAGUUGGUUAUUUGAAUCUGCUGUGUAGUGCUAGGGCAAAAACCAAAACAUGCACCGGGGAGGGGGGGGGACUUGGAACGUUGUCUUUUAACCAGCUACCAAAAAUUGAAGUCUACAUUCGUUAAUAUUUCCGCCUGUUGUCAACGAGUGAAUUCGGAGGAAGUGCGUAUGCGACGUACGAAAAUCAGACAGUGUUGUGGUCAUAGGGAAAGAGGCCUUUAUUAGCCAAAAGGCCGUAUUAUCCUAGGCGGAGUCACUGAGGGCUUCCACCAUUUUAAUGUAGUAAACUGGAUGGGACUUCCAACUUCAUUGACUGAUCCCUCCUGGUGACCCUGUUGGAGUCAUGUCUAACCUACCCUGUUGGAGUCAUGUUCAACUGGGUCAUCAGGAGGGAUCAGCCAAUAGUGAAGAAAAUUGAUUACGUCAAAAUGGAGAUUCCCUCAAUGGCUCUGGCCAUGCUGUAACAGGUGCUAUAAUGGCACAGAUACGAAGAUGAGUGCCCUAUCUUCAUGGUUGUGGUUUCCCUACAGCAAGGCUCUAUGCAACAUGGCAGUGUGGCCAUUGUUAAUAAAAGUUUUUAUUCGAAUGCCAAAAUAAACAUGUCUCCAGCCCAACCAUAUCACACCCUCAAACAGUAAAUAUGUGUUUACAUUGUACCUUUGAUCACAUGGUAUUUGUGAAGUUCAUGCAGUUAUCCCCAUAAUGCAACAGACUUUGAAAGGCAAUAAAACAAUGUUUUUUUCAUGA